AUGAAAGCUCCCCCAGCUUCAUUCCCACCUGGGGCCCAGCUAACCAAUGGUGGCCUGCAGGAGUGUGCUGUGGUUCCUGCCUCAGUGCCCUCUGCACUGGCCACCACUCUUUCAUGCAGCACUGAUGGGUCUGGGCCCAUGUCUAGUCCUACCGGACACAACAUGGUGUCAUCAACUACCAGCCCCAUCUUCUUUGACUCUGAUUGUCCGUCACUGGCUUCUGCCCCCACCAACUUGAUCCAGGGUCAACACACCAGCCCUAACACCUGUAGCCCUGUAAAGUCCAGCAUGGUGGGGUCACCUCCACUGGCUAGUCCGCUCAGUGUAAUGAAGUCUCCGGUUUCCAGCCCUCAUAGUAUAGGUAGUGUGUGCUCGCCACUUUCCUGUAACACCAACAUGAGAUCAUCCGUCUCAAGCCCAACAACAAAUGGAGGCCAUACCUGUAACAUUAGACCAUCCAUCUCCAGUCCGCCCACCGUUGGCAGCAUGACCAUGUCCAGUCCCAGGAACUCAUCCAGGGGCUUCUCAGUCUCUAGCCCUCCCAGUGGAUUGGGCCUAGUGCAAAAUGAUGUCAACAGCCCUGAGAGCCGAGAGCAUGACUUCAAGGGAUUUGAGUUCCCGAAGGUAGAGAAUGUGGAUGGGGAAAUAUUUAACAUCGGCUUGGAUGCUAUGGGAGUGGCCAAAUAUAUCAAAAACGAACCUGGCACUGAUUACAGGAGUAUGUGCCUAGGCAGCAGCAAGAGUGCCAUGCCACAUUCUCCUUUCGUAACUCACAUUAAAACAGAGCCAAACAGAGAGGUGACAUGUUCGAACCUUCAGUUUGUGGAGCCGCAGCACUCUCUAGGCUGCUUUCCUUCUGCAGAGACAACAUACUUGUCUUUGAGGGAUAAUAUUGACGAAUAUAGUCUUUCUGGGAUCUUGGGACCUCCUGUUUCGUCUCUGAAUGGCAACUAUGAACCUGGUGUGUUUCUUAACAAUGGCCUGCCCAAGGGGAUUAAACAGGAAACCAAUGAUGGCAGCUAUUACCAAGAAAAUAAUAAUGUUCCCACGUCGGCUAUUGUUGGCGUUAAUUCAGGUGGACAUUCAUUUCAUUACCAGAUUGGAGCGCAAGGAACAAUGUCGUUUGCACGCCAUAAUCUGAGGGACCAGACAAACCCCUUGUUGAAUCUAAUUUCUCCAGUUACUGGAUUAAUGGAGACGUGGAAAACUCGCCCAGGCCUGUCACAGGGGCCUCUCUCUGCCAGAGGGGAUGGCUAUCCAGGCUCAGUCUGCCUUACAGAAAACAUGGAAAGGUAAGACACAUUCAGGGAGUUUUUAUUGAUGUGUUGUAACAAAAUGUUGAGGGCAGUGUUUUGAAAUAUUUUUCAAAGUUGUAUUGUUGUUUUAUACUCAGACAUUAGAUCAAUCCUAUCCCCAAAAAAGAAGGACAAAGAACUUAUGAAACCAUGUGAGAAUUAAGCAAAAGUUACAAAUGCUAUGGAGACCAUUUGCUAAAAUUAGACUAAAUCAAUUGUGUUUGUCUGGAAGCUCUCAGUCAAUAUAAUUAGCUGCCAGACAAAUGGUUUGCACUUGAAACAUCCUGUCCACCCUAAUGGGAAGACUUGCCGGUUUUGUGGUGCACUAAAUCUACACUUAAAAGGUUGACCAGCAUGUAAUCUCAACCCAACACUACAAGUGGCAAGUGUCCUACUAAGCUCCACAUAAGAGGGAAGCAAAGUUUCCUUCUUAUCAGAACUUUGUCUGUGUCUGUAAGCAUAAACAUAACUUACUGUAUUGUUAUCUGAAGGCCUUGGAAAAUCUUGUGCAAUGAAAUACAUCUUGUUAUUGAGUCUAAUCAUUAUGCACCAGUGUCAUACAUAAUUAAUGGUAGGUCAAGUACCUUUCUCUCAGAAACAAUGAUAAACAAGCAGUUUGUAUGAAAGACUUUUAAACAAACAAUGGGAGAGAUCAAAC